UACAUAUAACACCGAUAACUAUGACUUAUCGAUAACAUAAGUUUGCAUCCCUUCAAGCUCGCUGUUUAACGACCGCUCGACAUAAAUUUCGCCGACAAUGUUUGCUUUCUGUAUUCGGGUCUCGGUCUUGUUAAAGCGCUUGCCCAGGACGUGUUUAUCUCAAUUGAUUCGCUGCUUGGAGUACGGCCUGUACAGGUUCUGGCUGCUGGUCUACAACGAGCCCGAUGACACGGAUGUGGUGCUCUUUAAUGAGCUGCCCCUAAGGCAUCGUCAAAUCUCUCGCCACAUAUCGCACAAUUGUCCCAAGCCGUUCUGCGAAAUGUGCCGCGUGGAACGAAUCGUUAUGUACAUGGACCGGGCGAAGGUCUCCAUUGACAUCGCAAUGCUGACAAUCUCACACAGCUCGUUCUACAGCGCCAUCAAUGCCGCGCGGCUGAGGGGCAUUCAGGUACGCCUGAUCACCGACUCGCAGAUGAUCUUUGCGCAGGGCUCAGUGGUGAAGCAGUUGGUGGCUGCCGGGAUUCCGGCGCGCCGUUCUCCGCCGGACGUGAUACUGCAUAACAAGUUCUGCAUCAUCGAUGGGGAGCAGCGCGUGUUCGAGCUGGACCAGCAGCAGCGGCGCUGGCACCACCGGCUGUGGUACCGCAGGGGCUACGUGCUGAAUGGUUCGCUCAACUGGACCAAACUGGGCACUGGCAACAACUUCGAGAAUGUGGUCAUCACCUCCAAUCGGGUCAUCAUCGCACUCUACGAGAACUUGUACAAUGAUAUGUGGAAGCAUUUUCCAGUUCUCGACUUGGAGGCCUUCGACUCGAUACCAACGACACCGUUCGAUUUUGAACAGAAAGACCUGCCUUGCAAGCAAUUUGAUAGAAGUCUGAACUAAAGUCACGUCUGCAACUGCAA